CUGACUUUGGUUAUCGACUGAGUCGCUUUGGUGCCGAUCUUAACGACGUCUUGACUACUCUCAACCUCCGGAACGUGAGCAUCAUUGCCCAUUCUAUGGGUUCAUCUGUUACAUGGGCUUUUUGGGACCAGUAUCCUGAGGAGCGUCAACGAGUCGACCAUUUCGCCAUCGUUGACCAGUCAUCAGUUCUCGUUCGUGAUCCCACAUGGACAAAGCAGCAAGCUGAUACAUGGUCCGCUGCCCUCUUCACACCAGAGCAGACCUACACCUUUGCUCAUAAUAUGACCCUAGAGACCCCUCCUUUCGUCAAGUCAAUGUUCUCUCCUCAGAUUUCUGAAGCAGACUACAAGUGGGUGCUUUCAGAGAAUAAAAAAAUGAGCGAUAAACAUGCCGCCACAUUGCUCAUCAACCACGCUUUUGCCGACUGGCGUGAUGUCCUGCCGCGCAUUGAUAUCCCGUCACUGGUCAUCUCUGGUGAUAUUAGUGUUAAUAAUGCUUCGGGUAUCGCCUGGGCUGCGUCUCAGAUCCCUGGUGCGAAGAGCCGAACUUUUACAGCUAAGGAGAAGGGCAGCCACUUUAUAUUCUGGGAGAACCCCAAGCUAUUUAAUCAGGUUAUUGAAGAGUUUAUUACCUCUUGAUGUACACACUAGGUUUAAUAGCCCAUGAAAUUAAUAACAAAGUUUUUAUCCUAGUAUGGUAGUUAUUUUCUUCUAUUA